GUCCACUACCGGAGUGAAUCCGGUACAGAAUAGUGAGUUGGCUCCUUCAAUCAAGGAUGCUCUAUCAACCUAGGCAGAUAUUCUCAUUCUAGAUUAAAGCAGAAACAACAGGAAUUUGAUCAGGAUUCAUGCCAUUCAAUCAUUCAAACCUCAAUUGAACAUAAUCAAAUCAUAGAAUCAGUACUUGGGUUCAUACAAUCAAAGCCUAACAUACAAAUCUAGGGUUCUCCAUACCCAGAUGAAUGGGAGAACUACUCCAUGGAGAAAGAAGCAAAAGUAGAAUCAGACGCGGAAUUCAUACUGUGAAGGAUGGAUUCCUGCUCCUGGAUGUUGAUCGGCACUUCCCCAAGCUCAAACUGGCCUCCAAUGGUGAUGAAGAUCAAGCUAGGGCACUUGGAGACUCUUGUUCGUCGCUUUCUCUCUCUAGGAAUCGCUUUGCCUCUCUAAAACUCGAAUCCCCUUCUGUUUUGGCUGAAAUCUGCUUAAAAGGGCAUCAGUGGCCAAAGCACAGUCGAGGGCACGGCCGUGCUUUGCUUCAACCCGCCCGUGCUUUGGCUAGGGUUAAUUACACGGCCACCUGUUGGGAGAAACACGGCCGUGCUUUUGGGAGGACACGGCCGUGCUAUGGUGGACACGGCCGUGCUUUCAGCCCGUGUUUGCAGCUUAAAUUUUCCAAACUCAAUUAGCUCUCGGCAGUAAAAGCACGGCCACAGAACACGGCCGUGUUCUGCUUCAACCCGCCUGUGCUUUGGCUAGGGUUAAUUACACGGCCACCUGUUGGGAGAAACACGGCCGUGCUUUUUGGAGGACACGGCCGUGCUAUGGUGGACACGGCCGUGCUUUCAGCCCGUGUUUGCAGCUUGAAUUUGCCAAACUCAAUUAGCUCUCGGCAGUAAAAGCACGGCCACAGAACACGGCUGUGUUUUGUUUUAGGUGUGCCCGUGUUUUGGCUCCAGCUCGACGAAAUGACUUCCGAAUGCCCCGAAACUCGUGCUUAGCCUUUCCUUUGACACCUGGGACCUGAAAUAUGAAAAAAUAGCACAACCCGGCGUAAAAUAGGCCAAAAAUACACGACUAUGCCCCUC